UUCAGCCUUCAUUUUGACAAUGAUUUGUGAGCUUGGAGUGAUUUUAUUGAUGAUCACAGUAUUUGGAUGGACUCACACAUCUCUGCUGUGUCCACAACAAAAACAAGUGCUGAACUUUACUGUGUCGUCUUUGACAUCUGGAGAUGUGUGUGAUUUUGUCAAGAGGACAAAACCUCAUCAUCUGUUUUGCUCCCGCAAACAGACAGGCAAGCAAAUAAGUGCAGCCUGUUCCUGGUUUUUGCCUGCUCCCUUCGUGGAUUUGUUUGCCUCCGCUGACGGACGGCCUGUUGCCGACCUCUGCUGCUCCCCCAGGACAGCAGGAAAGCUUAUUUUACUUGACGUGCUUUGUCCCUGAGAUGGCUGUUGACUCCAAAUGUCUUCUACCAGAGCCUCACCCACAGGCUGGUCCGCUGUUCCUUACCAACUCAGCCGAGUGUCUGUAGAAAUACGCCUGAAGUGAUUCACAGGACCAUAAAAAACAGGAGAUACAUACUGUUCAAAUCUGUCAGACAAUGUGGAAUAAGAUGAUUUUUAGAGCCUAAAGUGUGGAUAUUAAAGGGGUAAACUGGAAGUGUGUGUAUGUACAUAUAUAUAUUUACAGAUGUAGGUGUGUGUGUGUGUGUGUCAAACAGGAGACCGCUUACAAGUGGAAAACACUGUCACUCUGACAGUUAAAUAAUGGCGUCCUGUAGAGUGAGCGGUGCUGCCUGGGCUGUUUAGACUUUAGAAACGCUUGCCAGCCCACCAGACAGCCUCAUAUUACCCAGACCUGAGUGCAAUUUUCCUCUGACAUGAUGACUGACCAAAUGAGAAUAAAUGGUAGCUGGUUGUUUUAUAGAAGGAUAGAGUUUCCAUGUGAUGUUCGCCAGGGAGCCCAAACCAGUCUGCCUUUCAGAAAUGGAAAGAGCGUGUGGCAUGGCACGGCUUUACUGAUGUGGAGCUCCCCAGAUGUUGGUUGGUUGAUCUCCAUCUCAAAAGAAAAGUCUCGAUGCCAGUGCAUUCAUUUUCACUUUUACUGAAAUAAGGAAUAAAUCCUUUUUGUUCGCAAGGUUAAAACUGAAGAAGGAGGUCCAGUUUUUCUGAUAUGAAAUUGUCUUCUCUGCUCAGUGAGACUAAUUCACUUGUUGAAUAAUUUGUACUAUGUAAUACAGUUUAAUAUUGGAGCUAUUUGGAACCUUGAUAAACAUGUUCUCCUUUCUACACAACUUUUGCUUAGUUCCCAUCAGACAAGAGAGACAAAAGUUAUAAAAUAUAUAUAAAAAGUUAUAUUUUCUGGUAAGAGACAUUUGAAACCUUUGGGUGGAGACAAGUGGGUGUGGACGAGCAGCAUUAUGUUCUGUUUGUAUUGUGCUUUGUGUGCUCACAGUGGAUUAGGUGUUCCCUCAGCAAAGAAAAGCAGCUUGCGUAUGAUCUAAUGCAUUAUCAGUGCUUUCUGAUAAAGAAAUCCAUUAUAUACACGUAUGUAUGUGCACGUACAUGUACGGACCAAUGUGACAUAUGGAGCUUUUUAUCUUAAAUUUGCAAAGCCUCGUCUGACUGCCAGGACGUUUCCUGUCAGAGUUUAUCCUUUGGUUAAAACGUGUGUUUCUGGGUCAGUGUAUUGUCUUUACAGUUAAUCUGUUUGCAGUUCCUCCUUUUUUCUGCCGUAUAAAAGCAAGACUGCAACCUUUGUGGUCACUUCUGGCCGGCAAAGACCUUCUCCAGCCUCCAUCCAAUUUUCAGUUUGAGGAAGAUGAACCUGAGUCUCUUCUCUGCUGUCCUGGCCCUGCUGCUGGGCCUUUCAGCUCAAGUCAACUCCCUGGUGCGACCACAUGAGGAAGGUGUGAAGACCAGGGAGCACUACCGUUUGGACAUAACCUCAAGAAUUCUGGAGGCAAACAAAGGAAUCAGUCAUGUUCUGGUGCAAGGUGACGUCGCUCUUUCAAAGAAGAGGAAUGCCAUGAAAUGCUGGAGCGACUACUGCAAAUGGAGGAAAUCCUACAAUGGACUGGUUGAAGUACCUUACCGCCUCAGUGAUUAUUUCUAUGACGACGAAAAGGCUUCGAUUGAGAGAGCUAUGGAAACUUUCCACGAGAAAACCUGUGUUCGCUUCGUUCCAUAUCGUGGCCAGCCCGACUACCUCAGCAUUGAGAGCGAACUGGGGUGCUGGUCUACUAUUGGCAGAGAUGGAGGGCAGCAGCUGCUUUCUCUGUCUGUGUACGGCUGUCUCGAUCAUGGGAUCAUUCAGCACGAGCUCCUCCAUGCGCUUGGCUUCCACCAUGAGCAUACUAGGAGCGACAGGGACCGGUAUGUCAGGAUCAACUGGGGAAACAUCCCAGCAGCACAUGCCGUCAACUUCAACAAAAUGGACACCGACAACUUGAACACACCAUAUGACUAUUCCUCUGUUAUGCAUUAUGGAAGGACUGCCUUCACAUCAGAGUAUGGAGCAGACACCAUCACUCCUAUUCCAGAUUCCUCUGUGCCGAUUGGACAGAGGGAUGACAUGUCUGAUAUUGACAUCCUCAGGAUCAACAGGUUAUACGAAUGCAGUGAGUAUAGAAAUGAAAUGAGUUCUUAAGGCUUUUCUGCUUAAUUGAAUGGAAGACAUUUCUGGAGAAAGAGCUGGAGAGAGGGGUUAGGUUGAAGGUCUGAAUUCAGAGAACAGAUUUAUGCUCUAAAGUCACAGCUGGUACUUUGUGGUGACUGAUCUCUUUUUUUUAUUACAGACGUCUGAAAGAAAAUGAAGACUACUCGGCUCUUCACAUUAUUGACUUGUUUGUACAAAAAUC